AUGCUCGCUUGUCCUCUUUUCUUUCUCAGCUCGCGAAUUUGGUUGUCUCGAAGUUUGUCCCGCCAACUUCUACGGUCCCCAUCUGCCUCUCGCUGCACUAAGCCAAGCUCAUUCUUCAAGGCCGCAAUCAAUCUUUGCCCCGGAACGUUUAUCGUUGGUGUUAGCAAGGAUUACUACUGCCAGCCUCCUGCUCAUUGGGGGACGGGUCAGGGGUUUGUGACCUCUGGGCUCGAUCUCCAACCGCGAGACAAAGCGGCUUCUUGUAGAGCAUUUGACACACAUGUUGGCUAUAUUGGAGAUAUGAACAGGCAGUACGCCUUUACCAAUGGCUAUACCGCUUACCCUCACGGGGAAAGCGGUACCUUUUCGAUAUCUCCGCACAGAUUCCAGCCACGGUCGCAACCUGCCCUUCGGCGAAGAAGACAGUUAUUACACCGUUUGUUCAUCAUAAGCGGGCUCUCGAUAUGCAUUCUGACUCUGUUGUUUCCCUCCUGGCGAGCCGCAAUCUUCGGAACGAUCACUCUGGGCCUGCUUUCUGCGAAUGAUGAUUUUCAACUCGAAACUGUACGAUACUACGAUCUCUCCAAUGCUCAGGGAACGGCACGGGGCUGGGAGCGAGAAGAGCGCAUUCUCCUCUGCACACCACUCCGUGAUGCCGCGCCACAUCUGCCCAUGUUCUUUUCGCACCUUCGCAAUUUUACCUAUCCACAUCACCUUAUCGACCUGGCGUUUUUAGUUUCGGAUUCGAAAGACGAAACAUCCCCUCUUCUUACGAAAAUGCUCAAAGAGCUUCAAGACGAUCCCGAUCCUAAAAUUCCAUACGGAGAGGUUUCGGUCAUAGAGAAGGAUUUUGGGCAAAAAGUGAAUCAGGAUGUGGAGAGUAGACAUGGUUUUGCUGCACAAGCUUCAAGAAGGAAAUUGAUGGCUCAGGCCAGGAAUUGGUUACUGAGCGCUACGUUGCGGCCAACUCACAGUUGGGUAUACUGGCGUGACGCAGACGUUGAGACUGCUCCUUUCACUAUCCUGGAGGAUCUCAUGAGGCAUAACAAGGACGUUAUUGUUCCAAAUGUUUGGCGACCACUUCCAGAUUGGCUUGGUGGGGAGCAGCCGUACGACUUAAAUUCAUGGCAGGAGUCCGAAACAGCUCUAGCUUUAGCGGACACACUUGAUGAAGAUGCUGUAAUCGUGGAAGGAUACGCAGAAUAUGCAACGUGGCGUCCACAUCUUGCUUACUUGAGAGACCCUUAUGGCGACCCAGAUAUGGAAAUGGAGAUUGACGGAGUUGGAGGAGUUAGUAUUCUCGCGAAGGCCAGAGUAUUCCGCUCUGGAGUACAUUUCCCCGCUUUCAGUUUUGAGAAGCAUGCCGAGACUGAAGCUUUUGGCAAGAUGGCGAAACGGAUGAAGUUCUCUGUUGUCGGCCUACCCCACUAUACGAUUUGGCAUCUCUACGAGCCCAGUCUUGACGACAUUCGACAUAUGGAGGAGAUGGAGAAAGAACGUUUGCAGCGGGAAGCCGAAGAAAAAGAAAAGGCCGAACGGGCAAACAGAAUCAAGGAAGAAUUCAAAGACACCAAGGCUCAAUGGGAAAAGGACGGAGCAGCCAUCCAAGAUAUGAUGCAGAAAGAUCAAAAACAGAAAUCCCAACCACAGCAAGCACAGGCAGGCCAAGGCAACCAGGGACAACUAGAAAAGACUCCUGAUUCUAAAAAAGCAAAGGAUUCGUGA